AUGGGGAGGCGAUCCGGAGGCAGGAAGCUGCCCUUCUUCUCCGCCGCCUCCUCCUCGUCCUCCACCAAGCGCACCCGCUCCGCGCGCCGCCUCCCUUCCCUGCCCAAGCCCAGCUCGCCGCCUCCCCCCUCCCCGACCACUCCGCCCCCCGCGCCGCAGACCACCACGUCUCCGCCUGCCCCCUCUCCCGGGGGUAGUGCCGCCGUGGCCGGCGUGUCCGGCAAGGUCGGCAAGAAGAAGGCCGGCGCCCGCUUGUGGAUGCGGCUGGACCGGUGGGGCUCCUCUGAGAUCCUGGAGCUCGACAAGGCCUCCAUCAUCCGCCGCGCGGGCGUGCCCCCGCGCGACCUCCGCAUCCUCGGCCCUGUCUUCUCCCACUCCUCAAACAUCCUCGCUAGAGAGAAGGCGAUGGUCAUCAACCUAGAAUUCAUCAGGGCGAUUGUUACUGCGGAGGAGGUCCUCCUAUUGGACCCUCUGAUGCAGGAGGUGCUCCCUUUCGUCGACCAAUUGAGGCAGCAUCUCCCUCUGAGGAGCCUGGUGGGUGGGAAUGGUGAACACGGCGGUGAUAGCAAUGGGGUCAAGCAGGAUGGUUCGCCCGGGGAUCAGGUGCCCUGUCUUAAUGAGGCCACCGGGGCAGAGCAUGAGUUGCCAUUCGAGUUCCAGGUGCUGGAGGUCGGGCUUGAGGCCGUGUGCUCCACGUUGGACUCCAGUGUGGCUGAUCUUGAGAGGCGCGCUAUUCCCGUGCUCGAUGAGCUCACCAAGAAUGUCAGCACUAAGAACUUGGAGCGUGUGCGGAGCCUCAAGAGUGACCUUACCCGUUUGCUUGCCCGCGUUCAGAAGGUCAGAGAUGAGAUAGAACAUCUUCUAGAUGAUAAUGAAGACAUGGCACAUCUUUAUCUUACAAGGAAGCAAGCACAGAAUCAGCAGGUUGAGGCUUUAAUGACGUCUGCUGCUUCCAAUAGCAUUGUUCCCGCAGGAGCAAGUCUGCCAAGGCUGAACUCCAGUUUUCGGCGCAGUGUGAGCAUUGCCACCAGUAUAUAUUUGGAUAACGAUGUGGAAGACCUCGAGAUGUUGCUUGAGGCCUACUUCAUGCAGCUGGAUGGAAUUCGCAACAGAAUUUUAUCGGUCCGAGAGUAUAUUGAUGACACAGAAGACUACGUCAACAUUCAACUCGACAAUCAGCGAAAUGAACUGAUCCAACUUCAGCUUACGCUGACCAUUGCAUCUUUCGGCAUAGCCGUCAAUACCUUCAUAGCUGGGGCAUUUGCGAUGAACAUUCCAUGCCAUUUUUAUGACAUCGCAGAUGGCAGCUUCUUUUGGCCAUUUGUCGGAGGUACAUCGUCAGGCUGCUUUGUGAUCUCCGUUGUUCUGUUAGGGUACGCCUGGUGGAAGAAGUUGCUCGGUCCCUGA